CGCUCGCUUCACUAGGUAAGCGAUCUUUCAUUUUGAAUCAACAAUGCGCUGCUAAUCAUUUAUCCCGCACACAUGUCUAUUAACGGUUGCCUAAAAGUGUAGAAGAUCAGAUAGCGAGUCGCUUUUCUGACCUCGCCUCGUCCAUGACAGUAAGAUAAUACGACAGAGGAUUUAAGGUAAGAGUAGAAUUAACGGUCCGAUCCAUUUCGGUGCCGAGUGUGGUAAAGUUUCCUAAUACUCCCGGAUCCCCCAUCAACCUACGGAGCAAAACUAAACCCGACUCAGCUCGAGGUCUUGUCAAAGUUAAACUCUAGGCUGCCUACCUACAUACUAAGAGGAGAUAGGUUGUGCAUUACCUAACCAGUCAAUCGCUUAUAAAGCCAUCAAUGAUUGGAACCAAUCAGAGUCGCAUCGUUGAACCAAGCCCUACCUCGGUGCCGUAUAUAUAGGAGUACAUGAACUUUUCGAUCAACUAGAAUCUUAACUACGUAGGUUCAUAUCCAAGCUAAAAAGGGAACAAAUUUAAACCUAAGAAAUACUCACUCAGUACACCUACUCGUCCCGGAACAAUGGCAUCAUAUAUGGGCCUCGAGAAGAAUAUAUCCUACUGGACUAUCCCAGCGGCAUUCGUACUAGCCCUGUUGCCCCGGGUAUACGCAGGACAUAUAGGGCUGGGGAAGAAGUUUUUUGACGGGACCAAUCCGCGCACCUUUACCGAACGACUCGAGAAGGCCAAUAUUGACAAGAGAUCUAAACUCCGGCUCCAACGCGCCGAGGCCGCGGGGGCAAAUGCGUUCGAGACGCUCGGCCUGUACGCUGCCGCUGUAACGGCCGGCAACGCCGCUGACCUGCCACGGGAGACCCUCAAUACCCUGUCUUUGGCAUACCUGGCGACCCGGGUCUUGUAUACGUGGGUCUAUAUCUGGGGACAAGAGAAUCGAAGAUUCGCGCCUGUGCGAACGCUCGUAUGGAGCGCAGGCAUCUUUCUCGUCAUGAGGUUGUUUAUUCUAUCUGCGUCAUAAGCAAUAGGUUUCAUUUUUAUUCCUUUUAAUACUUUUUAAUGCUUUUUCACAAAGAAUGAUAUUUAAUCCGGAAUCUUUCUCAUACUCUAAAUACAACUAACCGGUAUAACGGCUUGCCGUCCGUUCACGGGGAACGUGCAAACAACGUUUCAACGUUUCAACGUUUCGACUCUUUGUUUGCGUCUUACCAAUUUGCUGUGACAAAUAGCUAUGCGACAAGUUUAUAAUACCAUAGUGCUGUGGCGAACAUGUAUCUCUUGCACGUUCAUCACAUGAAGAGGAAAUGGCCCUCAGAUAGGGGUUACUGAUGUACACUAUCACCCAAGUUCAACAAAUGCUUGGCGCUUGUUAAAGCCUAGCUUCUCCUGGACAAUUCGGAACUUAUCCUAUUUCCAAAUCAAUAUUAUUACAUGUACGUUUAUUAAGCGC